AUGUCAUUAAUAAAAGCCCUGGUUUUCAGGUCAAGCAAAAGAGCACACUUUGCCAACCUUGCCUGUCUCGAAAGAGCUAAAAGACACAAUUCCCUGGCUCCAAACACGUUUAAUACCGCUGUCGAGGCAGCCGAAAAGUUGGUCCAGCCGUCUAAAUCAAAACUGUUCAACGAUCCUUUUUCCAUCGUGAGCCAUGAAAUGUCGUCGUUAGCGAAGCUGAUAGCCAGUUUAAUUGGUUCGGGCCAUUCCACGUUAAAUCGGGUUUCAAGUUAUUACUUCGAGGCAGAGGGCAAGAACGUUCGUCCGCUCGUGGUGCUUCUUCUUUCAAAAGCAUUGCUGAAAAUACCUUUGGAAGAGAGAAACAGAAUCAAAAUCGAUAGCCAAGACGUGACUGAGCAGCUGGUGUAUCCUGGAACGCCGCAGGGCACGGUCGUUGCUGGAAAUUCCGUAAACAAGUCGAUAUCUCCCUUGGCGGUUUUGCACGGGAUCAACCCAAAGGUGAUUUUGGAUCCUUUGCUGAAACCCAUGGAUGAGCUUCCUCAGAUGGAUGCUGCCAAUGGCAUUUUGCCCAAACAGAGAAGGUUGGCGGAGAUUGUGGAGAUGAUACACACGGCCUCGUUGCUACACGAUGAUGUUAUAGAUUUUGCCGAUGCUCGCCGGGGCCGUCCUAGUGGGAAUAUCGCCUUCACUAACAAAAUGGCAGUUUUGGCUGGCGACUUUCUUUUGGGAAGAGCUUCUGUGGCCAUCGCCAGGUUGCGUAACCCGGAAGUGAUUGAAUUGUUGUCGACGACAAUUGCCAAUUUGGUGGAGGGUGAGUUCAUGCAGUUGAAGAAUACCGUCAUCAGCAACGAUGAGUCCACCAUCAACAACGACGGCGAAAUCAAGGACAUUCCAAAACCUACAGGCAAAGUGCCUGUAAAGCAGCACAACUAUCGCGUGGAUAAACCCAAAGAGGUUGACCACAACGUCAAUGUCGAUGCUGCGUUUGAAUACUACUUGCAUAAGACGUACCUCAAAACAGCAUCGUUGAUGUCGAAGCUGUCGAGAGCUGCUGCCGUAUUGAGUGGUGCUCAAGAUAAUAUCAUUGAACACUGCUACGAGUACGGACGCAACUUGGGCUUGUGUUUUCAGAUCGUUGACGAUAUGUUGGAUUACACCUCGAGCAACAGUGCUAUUGGAAAGCCCAGUCAGGCUGACCUCAAGUUAGGGUUGGCCACUGCACCUAUCUUGUUUGCCUGGAGAGAAGAACCAAAUCUCGAUGAGCUCAUUGGUAGAAAAUUUAGCGAGCCAGGUGACGUGGACAUUGCCCGCAGAGCGGUAGACAAGUACAACGGAGUGGAGAAAACUCGUGCCAUGGCUGAGGACUAUUGCAUGCGGGCACUCAAAAACCUCAGACAGCUUCCAGAGUCCGACGCGAGAAGCGCUUUGGAGUUCUUAACCAAUUCCGUGUUGACUAGAACAAAAUAA